UGACGUAUUUCCGCCCGUAGUCCACUUUUUCCAGUGGCCUUUUGUGCCUUUCAUGUAAAUUUGAACGUAUGCACUCGAUGAGAAAUUUCAAGCGAAACGUUUAGCUGACGUGGGGGAUAUUUUGACCUGAAAUGGCGUCGGGUACACCAUGCUUAAGUAGAUGGGACCAACCCAAAUCGAAAGCUGACAUGCGUCAAGGCUGCAAUGUCUCUCAGACUGCACCAAAACUCUCAUCCACAGCAAAUCACAUGGGCGCCAACAACGUCACUACAACUGCCAGUGCAUCUCAAACAUCUAGUGUUCCAUCAGCUGAGUUGAAAAUGCCUCCCACAUCUGGGGGUCUAGAAGAUGCUCCUCAGGGUGGUGUUGAGAUGGCUGCAGCUAUGGCUGCUAAAAUAAAUGCAAUGCUAAUGGCUAAAGGGAAACUGAAAACACUAGAACCUUUACCCAGUAAGAUUGCACCAAGUGUGCCAGUCUCAAGUGUCACUGAUGAAGUUGUGGUGACUGAAGUGGAUAUCAACGAUGUGCCCAUAAAUUGCAGAAACCUGCUCACAAAAGGGAAAACUCAGGAAGAGAUUCGUCAGGUCAGCGGAGCUGUAGUUUCAACAAAAGGACUGUACAUGACCACUGCUGACAAGUCCACUGCUAAAGGUGAGAGACCUUUGUAUCUCCAUGUUCAAGGACGGAGUCAGGAGGAGGUCAACAAGGCCGUCCAGCGGAUAAAGGAGAUCAUUUCAGAGGACCUGAUGAGGGCAGCCGCCGCAUCAGGAGGACUGCAGCGCCCUGUGAUGCCCACACUUCCAGUGUACCCACAGCCGCCGCGCCCUGCCGUCCCACAGCAGCCCACGAGGCUCCAGAUGCCAACGAUGCCACGGCUGCCCAAUGCACAGCAGAACCAAAGGCCCACACCCUCGCAUGGUGGACAUUCAGGGAGUUUUGUCCAUACCAAAAUAUUUGUUGGUCUGGAUCAAGCACUGCCCUCGUUUAAUGUGAAUGAAAAAGUGGAGGGCCCGGGGGGCACGUAUCUAGGGCACAUCCAGACGGAGACGGGUGCCCGCGUCUUCCUGCGGGGGAAGACCUCUGGUUACAUCGAGCAGGCGUCACGACGAGAGUCGUUUGAGCCGCUCUACGUGUACAUCAGCCACCCAAACCAGACUGGACUGGAAGCUGCAAAGAAGCUAACAGAGAGUCUACUGGAAACGGUCAGAGCGGAGCAUUCUCGGAUGGUGUCCAUAUACACGGCAACGGGGUCUACUCAAGCAUACCCAGCUCAUGGAUACCCAGCUAAUAGCAAUUACAGUAGCCAGGGGUCCUGGUAUAACUACCCAGCAAAUGGGUACCCGGGCGGCUAUUCAGCAUACCCAGGAGCCACUGGUUACUGGAGUAGUGCAAAUGGUCACCCCAGUCAUUCUAACUUGUCGACAACCCCUCAAUCUUCCCAGGCAAUGGUUCAGUAUCCAGUGUGUCCUAGGAAACCCCCACCCUAUCUAGUACAGGACCAGGGAGCUGGUUCCGGUGAUGCCACUAGCAGUCCAUCCACCAGCCCCCCGCAGCCUGCCAGCCCCAAGCGUCAGUUUGUGGAAGACACCGACACGGCUAAUGAGGCUGAGUCUGAGUCCAGCGCAGAUGUGAAGAGUGAGGAACAAACAUCACCACCGGUUUCCUCUGCUGAAGGGAGAACUUCAGAAAGGUUCCUGAUGCCGCCUCCUCCCAUGCCUUUGACGGUCACUCGCAAGAGACAGAGGGAGAGCCCGCCCAAAGAGGAGCUGUGUCCUGCUGCGGCAGGCCCAGUGGAGGUGGAGGCGCCCAAGAAGCUGAAGCUGCCGGAGGAUGGCUCAGGGCUCGUGCCCUAUGGAGGGGACUCUUCCGACGAGGAAGAGGAGCGGACUCGCUGCAGUAAGAAGGCUAACUCCUAAACUCACUCAAACCCCCUCCGCUCCCCCAGGGUCUUGCUUACAGCAAAGCCCGGCCAAAGUUCAAGCACAAAAUUACCAGAUCUUCACCCCACAUACACACCAUGUCCAUACAUAAGAGUCCACCAGGACAAAGACUGCUACAUUUUGCCAUUUAUGACAAACCUUUUUUUUGUGAUGGAUAAUUUUAACAAAACCAGGAAAAAAAUUAAGCUUAGCCUAUACCUUUGACAUCCUUCCUGAUUUCUUAAUCGCUCUGCACCAGUAACUGAUGUAUGCUGUAAAUUUCAGUGAUAACUUUUCUUAUUUGGAAAAUGGUGCAAGUCUGUUCCCAUGGAAUACUGUAAUAAAAGUAUUUGAAACAA